UCAAGGGAAACAACUCUUAAUAAACAACGCUAUGUCAAAAAUGGCAGACAUUGUCAGGAAGAUUGUUCAAACCGCAAAGGCACCUGGAGCGGUUGGACCAUACAGCCAGGCUGUAAUUGCCGACAAUACAAUGUACAUAUCAGGACAGAUUGGUCUGGAUGUAAACACCAAGGCUCUUGUAGAGGGUGGUGCAGUGGCUGAAACAGAACAGGCUUUGAAGAAUAUGGGUGAAAUUCUGACUGCUGCAGGAGCUUCAUAUAAGAAUGUUGUGAAAUGUACAGUGUUGUUAGAUGAUAUCAAGAAUUUUCAUGCUGUCAAUGAUGUGUAUGUGAAAUAUUUUCCUGAAAACAAGCCAGCCAGAGCAGCCUAUCAGGCAGCAGCUUUACCACUGGGUGCCAAAGUUGAGAUAGAAGCCAUUGCUGUGCUUGGCAACAUUGUGGAAGGGAAACUGUGAUACAGAUUAGGGAUUAACUGGUUGCUGGAAACUAGUUUUUAAUAUUGCAAGACUUUCUUAAUCAAAUCUGCUCAAUCAGUAUUUAAAUAUUUUUAAUUUUAUGUGAUUCAACAUAAUGUUUGGAUUCAUUUGGGUGUAUAAUAAUAUGUAAUAAUCGGUUUAUAUAUUAAAGGGAAAUAAUUUCAUUGAAA